CAUCACUUUUGCUCUUCUUCUGCAUUGAAUUAUUCAUUUCAUGGCUCCAUGCAUCCUUGUUGGCCAAUGACCGGGAGACGCACCAUGCCCAACGGGACGAACUGCCGAGGGUUGUAAUGAAAUUGCCGACGAUUCUAAACUUCCACUACCACCCUCACUAAACAUAUCCAACCCCUUCUCCAUACAUUAUUAUCCUUUCCACCCUUCACCUCGAUUCUAUUGCUACCGAAGAGAGACUGUUCCAAGUCUCAUUGUGAUACAAAAUCUGACGCAAUGCCGCAGAAAACAUCCACCAUCAACCUACCCCAGGGUAACUACCUCGGCCAGGUCAUCGGCCCCAGCUCCUCUUCGCCACGCGCCAUUCAAGCCUACAUAGGUAUUCCAUAUGCUCAGACGACAGAAGGCAAGAACCGUUUCCGACCACCGCAGGCUCUCAAGACCCAAGCACAGCCAGAUGUCAUUUACCACGCCUUAAAGUUCGGACAGAUAUGUGCACCGGGCAAGACCGGCAUCGGUGGACACGGCGAGAACUGUCUUAAUGCAAAUAUCUAUCGCCCACAUUUUGGUGAUAAUGCAGACGAGAUCGCGACCGAGGAGAAACGGCUCGGGGUGGACAGCAAGAAAUUGCCUGUUGUGGUGUAUGUCCACGGCGGAGGUUUCAACAUGGGGAGCGGCAAAGAAAGGAACAUGGCGAGCUUUGCGGCUUUCGCCGAUUCGCCUAUCAUUGCCAUGAGCUUCAAUUAUCGCGUUGGUCCUCUUGGAUUCUUGCCUAGUGCUUUGACAGCUAAGAAGGGUUUGUUAAACCUUGGCCUAAAGGACCAACAAUUCUUCUUCGAGUGGAUGAGGUCUAUCCUCCCUGCCGUUGGUGGCGACCCUGACAAUGUAACACUUAUGGGAUUGAGUGCAGGUUCUCACUCGAUCGGACAUCACUUAAUAUCUUACUCGCCAGCUAAUAAACUCAUCUCUGGACCGCCUCCGUUUCAGAAAGCCAUAAUCGAAUCCGGCGGCUCAACAGCGCGAGCAACAUUUGUUCCGAACCAUCCCUUACAUGAGCAGCAGUUCCAGGAAUUCCUGAUGCAAUGUGAUAUCGACGGGGUAUCAGACGACGAACUCUUCGACAAAUUGCGCGAAUUGCCGUACUCGACUUUAGUGUCUGCAUCUCAAAAUAUGUGGGGGAAAUGGUCCAAAAGCUUGCGUUGGCCCUUCCAACCCGUCAUCGAUGGUCCAGGGGGUGUGAUCCCCGAUUUGCCGAUCAACUCCUGGAACAAAGGCAAUGUGUUGCGAAUUCCGAUAAUAACAGGCUUCAACACAAACGAAGGCGCCACGUUCGUACCAGAGGGCGCAAAUCAGCCGACUGCCGUGCGUAGCCUCAUGUCAUCUAUUAUUCCAGGGCUGCAGGAUGAGGAUCUCCAGACACUUGAUGAGCUGUACCCAAGCCUUAGCACCUCUAGGGGCAAGCAGUUGUACGCCAACGCCCAAGAGUCUACCAAGUUUGGCACCGAGUUCUGGCGGCUGGAUGAUGCGUACGCUCACUAUGCCUACAUCUGCCCAGUCCUCCAAACCGCGACCCUCGCCUCAACGGCACAGAGUGCCGCCCCUGUAUACGUCUACCACUACGCGCCACGAACCUCGUCAUUCGGGGCAGCAGACCACGGAGAAGAAGCAGCCACGGUAGCGCAUGACAUGAGUAGGAUCGGCAGCUUCCCGGGUAUGGUAGCGGUCGCAGAUGCUAUGACAGGGGCAUGGACGCGGUUUGCUGCGACUGGUGAUCCGAGUCAGUCAUAUUCGGGUGCGAAGGCGAACUUCACGUGGCCUCAGUAUAGAAGUCCGUUCAACUCUAGCAAUAGCGAUGAUGACGAUGAUGACACCACUGGCCUCCUCGCAAUUUUCGGCAGCGGCAACGAUGAGCAGAUGAGGUCGGCGGGAACGCAAAAUCCCGGAACGCCAGUGAAAAGCAUUGCCUUGACAGCGCGUGAGAAGACCGAGUGCAAGUUCUGGUGGCCACGCGUCAUAUAUAGCGAGGGAUAUGGCAAUGGGUCGACGAGCUUCACUAGCAGUGAAAAGAAGGUCACUAUCAAGGCCAAGCUAUGAGUACUCCCUACGAGUACUUCAUUCUAUUGUUUCUUUUCCUGUCUGAUUGCCAUAUCGUCCUAUUACAUGGCGAUUCUACUCAGGCGAAAAUAUGGAGUCUUCCGAGAGACGCUUAAGACAUACCAGCCACAGAUGAGCAGUUUUGCUUCGGGCUUCGGAAUACAAAUCAAAGAGGACGUGCAUUUGAACUUGCACUCGGCUCGCAAGUCAGGACUAAUGCAGAGCUGAUUCGUAUCACAUAUCUAAGUUUUCUAACCACUCAACAGCGCGUCAUAUCUUCACGAACAAAACAACUGUCUUGCCGAGCUCCAUCCACACAAUCACCAUAU